AUGCGUGUGGCGUACGCUCUGCAAGGCCUCCUGGCAGCUUCGGUGACGAUGGCGACGUCGUACAACCCGCGGCACGUGGUGCUGGGUACCGACGGCACGGUUGUCGGCAGUAAUCUUCCAGGAGUUUACGGCUCUGUCAUCUUCGCCGAGCUGAGCUGCUGCUUUGUGGCGUUCAUCGGGUAUUUGGUGCGCUCGAUUCCGCUAUGGGUCGGCUUUUCGCGCAGUCAGAAGUGCUGCCUCAUCGUGGCGUUCAGCUUGGCCUUCUUGUACCAAUUCGCAGCUCUGGGCUGGAUGUUCGGUGCCGUGACACCGGAGCUCAUGCUGGGGCUUUCGAGCGUCAUCACGAGGAUGAUCUCGCUCGGGAUGGUGCCAAUCACCACCACUUCGUUCAUGGGUCGAGCGAGGGAGAUCUGCCAAGAGCACGCAGCUAUGAACCCUUCAGUGUCACGAAAGUCUGCACACUCGCGAAACUCGCGUCGCCACCACACACGCGCCAGGUCCAGUUAA